CCUUUACCACACGGAGCAGGCGGACAUAAUCACGGACACGGAGGAGAAGCACCAAGUAUGGAAUUAAACGAAACGACAAUCUUACGUGGAAAAGGACCUGAUCCUUUGAGCUACAUCGAAUGGGAUUUUAAUUAUGGAAUAGGUAAAUCUGAUCAAUUGGAAUGGUUCACUAGUGCUUAUCAUAAUGAGCAAGAAGGUGAAUGGAAAGAUUUGAUGGGCGUCGCUGGUGGACGUUAUAGACAUUUGGUUGAUGAAAAGGACCCAAAGAUGCGAAAAAGCGUAAUUAUGGAUAUUCAAGAACGUGUGAAAGCAAACAAAGAGUUUGUUGGAAGACAUGGCUCUUUACUCAUCUUACACGUUCUUGGAUGUAUAAUCAGUUGUUUUAUCAUGUUACCCGCAACUUUGGCUUUACGUGCCGCAUCUUCCAAUCUUGCACCUUUGGCAUCCUUGGUUUAUUUGAUCACUUUGGGAGGAUCUUUGUUCUUUUCAAUCUUGUACAAAGCAAUGACUCCAAGAUUAUACCCUUCAAAUUCUCAUUCAGGCUUAGGAUAUGCAAUCUUUUGGCUAUCUUUAAUCGCUUUGGGAGGUGAUGUUUUCCGUUUGGUCAAGCAGAUUUACAAUGCCGUUCGAUCGAUCAGAGGCUCUUCGCAAAAGAAUUCUAUGCGAGUUUUGUUCAAUUCACUUUCGCUUUCUAGCCGUAAUAAUGCCGCCACGCACGAAGAUGAAUACGAUCCAUUGGAAGAAGAAAGAAUGUUAUCCGAUGAUGGUUCAGGAAUCAGUGAUGCACGUGAAUUGGAUUUAGAACGUAUGAACAGACAUACAAGAAGACAAGGAUCAAGUGGAUCUUCCGGUUCUUCAUCUCCUUUACAAAAUCAAUCUCAAAGUGUUCCUGAAUGGCGUCAAAAUACUAUUCUUCAAAAGCCAAAACAGAAACACUCUUUAUUGAAAUCUAUCAUUCGUUACUCUCACGUUACCGUUGCUCGUUCAAUUCCAGUCUUGGCAUUUGCUGCUGCUUAUACCGGUUUGACAAUCUAUACAGGAUCAUGCAGAGGUGCUUACAAGAACGUAUGCCUAGCACACGGAAUCAAAGGAGGAAUAUUCUUCUGGUACGGUUUGCUAAGCUUCGGACGUUAUAUGGGCGCUUAUGCUGACUUAGGAUGGGCAUGGAAUCGUAAACCGAUGACGAAAAAGGGCAGAAAGGGAAACCAAAUUACUGCCGAAUGGGUUGAAUCAUGCGUGAUCUUUGUUUAUGGUGCAACAAAUACUUGGAUGGAGCGUUUCGGCGCAGAAGCUGGAGAUCCAUACACAGUCAAACAAGUUCAACAUAUUUCAAUCGCUGUUAUGUUCUGGUUUGCAGGUUUGAUGGGCAUGAUUCUGGAAUGGGGAUCUUUGAAGAAUUUAUUGGCUUUCCCUGUCUCGUUAAAACAAGCAUCCGUCUCACGUCGCAAUCAACGAUCUUUGGAAACGCUUUCUGCUGAUGAGGUUGUUACUGUGAACAGUGCACCUCCAUCAUACAGCUUCUCAUUCAACCCUUUCCCGGCAUUGGUGAUCGGAGUAACCGGAAUCGCAAUGGCAGCACAUCAUCAAGAUUACGUUUAUGAAGUUUCAAUUCAUUCACUUUGGGGUAAUUUAUUGGCAGGCUUUAGCGUUUUACGUUUUAUGACAUACUUCUUUUUAUGGUUACGUCCUCCAACCAGUUCGAUCAUGCCUUCUCGUCCUCCAACAGAAGCAUUGGCAAGUUUCAGUUUGGCUUGUGGUGGAUUGGUGUUUAUGUUGAGUAGCGAAGAAGUUAGCUUUGUGGCAAUGAGAAACGGAUUUGGCGAUUUCAUGAUGAUUCUCAAUGUUACAGUCGCAAUCGUUGCUUUGUUGUUCUGUUGGAUUGCUGGCUUGAUGGUUUUGAAAGCUUGGGCUCUCAAAAGAGAA